UGAAGAACUAAAGAUGCUUUGCUAUUUAAGUAGUGCGUCUCGUCUCUCUCCCCUUUCCGACAAAGUUUCCGCCGGCGACGACUGCGUUUUAGCUCGGUUGCUGGAUAAACUGAUCAAAUCGGAACCCUAGACGAGGAAGAGUGCUUCUUAGAAUGAAAGCUGUUUCAGAGAGUUUGAUGAAAGGGACCGGUACUGUAGCAUUUUAUUCUGCUGAGAAUGUUCACCCCCCUCGUCUGAGUUGUGCUGUGAGUGUUGGCGACAAGAGAAAGAGGAAUGAGCAUGGUGGCGGCUCAAACGAUGACAGCAGUGCUGGUCCCAAGUUUAAUGACUUUGAGAAGAUGAGGAAAGAAGUGAACUUCUCGGUUGGGCAGACUUGGGCUCUUUAUGAUAAUGAGGAUGAGAUGCCUAGGUGGUAUGCCCGGAUCCGAAAAGUUUCAGCUCCUUCCUUUGAGUUAAAGAUCACACACUUAGAGCCAGAUCCAGAUGAUGAGAGAGAGAUCCAAUGGUUUGAACAAGAGUUGCCUGUUUCUACUGGGCAGUUCAGGCUUGGGAAAAACCAGAACACAAAAGACUUUUCUAUGUUCUCACAUGUUAUACACUGCAAGGAAGGAAGCAACACUGGUCAUCUCACUGUUUCCCCCAGAAAAGGAGAGACUUGGGCACUAUUCAAGAACUGGGAUAUUAUUAAGUGGUCUUCGGAGCCAGAUUCUCACCGCAGUUACGAGUAUGACAUUGUUGAGAUCUUGUCUGAUGAUACCACUGAUGGAGCUACUAGUGUAUCUGUUGCAUUCUUGCAUAAAGCAAAAGGCUUUGCGAGUGUCUUCUUUCGAAUGGGAACUGGUGAUGCAGACACAACUCAGAUUCUGCCUCAGAAUACAUACCAAUUCUCCCACAUGAUCCCUUCCUUCAAACUGACAGGCUUUGAAGCAAAAGGUUUGCCAAAAGAUGCUUAUGAGCUGGACCAAGCUGCGUUACCUGCAACAGUCCAAGAGAAAACAGUCCCUUCCCAUCUAAUCCAAGACCCUAAACCAGAAGCUCUCUGCUUUCCGAGUAAGCAUACAGGAAAGGUUUUUCAAACUGGUCAGUUCUGGGCAUUUGGUGGAAGUUACGAUGACACGCCGCGGUACUACGGUAGGAUUCAGAAGAUCACCGUAACUCAGACACUCGAGCAGACAGCAGAAACAAAGGUGCAUGUAUGUCGUUUAAAGGCUACUUCGUUCCCUGAGAAUGUUAUCAAGUGGAAAGACAAGAGCAUGCCUGUUGGUUGUGGAACAUUCUCGAUGCUUAAAAACUGCUCAACACUCUAUCCACGACACCUCACACAUCAGAUAUUUCCUCAAACCUCCAUGGAUGGAAAUGAAUUCACCAUUCUCCCCAAGGUUGGCCAACUGUGGGUGAUUUACAGAAUUUGGGCUCCUCACUUUGAAGUCGGAGCACUAGAGGAACACUGCUUGGACUUUGACAUGGUCCAAGUUCUUGAUGACGUCUUGGACUACAAGGUUUUAGCGUUGAAGCAAGUCUUGGUUGCUAGUGAGGAGAAAAACAAGUUCUUUAGAGCCGCUAAGAGUAGGCCAUCUUAUUGUUAUGAUGAGGAUGGGCCAGGAGUGAUAUUUACAAUCCCACAGUCGAAAAUGCUCAGAUUCUCUCAUCCGAUUCCUGCCUCCCGAGUAACCAAAGAGGUAGAUGGAGAGAUGAUAGUGCUCUUUGAAGUUGAUAAGGAAGCGUUACCUUAUGGGUGGUGACCGUUGAGCAAAGGAUGUGAGAGAACCGGGAAGGGUUCCUUUUUGUUAGAUUUUUGGUGUCCUUUGCUGGAGAUAUGAAGACGCUUACACUUAAGACUUUUUCCUUUGUUGGUUUUAAAUCUAACGGGAAAUUAUGUAUUUAAGUAUUUUGACAAUGUAGGAAAAUAAUUUCUCCAUGUGGUUGGUUGAUGAAAAAGCUAGAAUCUUUGGUUAGUUUCAUACGUAAACUCUCACUUGUCAGUGACA